CGGCCGCCGGGCAGGGAAAGGGGCUGCGCAUGCGCAUGCGCCCUGCGGGAGGGUCCCCGGCGGUCGCGCGCGGACUGUCUCCCUUCCGGCCGCGGUCCUGGAUUUAAAGGGGCCGCGACGCCGAAAAAGGCGCCGGGAUGUCCCGUCGGGCGAAGGAGGAGUUUCACCGGUCGUACGCGGUCAGCGACCCCCGCGCCCACCCGAAAGGCUACACGGAGUACAAAGUCACGGCCAAAUUUGUCUCAAAGGUGAAUCCAGAUGACAUCAAGGAGAUCGUGGUCUGGAAGAGGUACAGCGACUUUAAGAAGCUGCACGCAGAUUUGGCUUACACCCAUCGCAACCUCUUCCGUCGCAUGGAAGAUUUUCCGGCUUUCCCGCGAGCGCAGGUCUUUGGCCGGUUUGACCCUGAGGUGAUUGAAGAGCGGAGGAAGGCGGCGGAAGACAUGUUGUGCUUCACUGUCCACAUCCCGGCCUUAAAUAACAGCCCCCAGCUGAAGGAGUUCUUCCGGAAGGCGGCAAAUUCAGAGACUCGGUUGAGUGGGAAAGCAGCGGUUGCUUUGUCCUUCCAGGGCGGAGAGGGGCAGAGUUAUCCCAGGCACUGGGAGUCGCCAUCCCUGCCUCUCCCUCUCAUCCCGGUGCCUGCGACAGGAGUCGAACAGGGCGAGGAGGCUCUGGGGCUGGUUCAGGAGGAUGGGCUGCUGGAUCCAAAGCCAGAGGUGGCCAGCAAAGAUGGCGUCUCUGAACCCCAAAUGGAGAACCAAGAGGAGGCCUCUGACACUGUGGAACAAGAGGAGGAUCUGGAUGCCCUCUUUGCCUUCAGGGGGGAAGACGAGGAAGGAGCCAAGAGCGCCUCACCUUCUCACUGCCUCUUAUCGGUCCAAGAAUUAGCCCUCUUUGACCCCUUCUCCAAAGAAGCUUGUACUGCCACCGGUCUCUCUCACGGAGACGAUCUGGCUUCUCUGGAGGCCUCAGAGACCAAACCAGAACUCCUGCUCAGCACAGACAUGACGCAAAAACCCGAGGCAGGAGGUGCCUUGUAUCUGCCCGAAGCGACUGAGCGGAUCCGGCAAGCUGUGCUGUGCGAAGCCUCCAGAGACUACCACGGGGCCUUUCAUGGCUACCGCAGCGGAGUUGACUUGCUCCUUCAGGGUCUUCAUGGCGAUCCAAAUCUAGCCCGCAGGGAAGCAGUGAAAAAGAAGACAGCCAAAUACCUGCAGAGGGCUGAAGAAAUUUUCCAGCAACAUUUGAAGCAUCUGGAACUCUGACUUCCAAUCCACCAUGAGUUGCUUGUAUUUCCUGCCGCUGCCAACAGACCCGGGUUUCAGGCUGACCACUUUCCCAAGGCCGUUUUCGUCAGGGGCUUGGAAUUCCUACAUAAAACACAUUUGUAAAUUUUUCUUCCAAAGGACUGUAGCUGAAAUCUUAGCUUUCGUGGUGCAUUUGGGCCCUUUCCUGUCGUCCGCCCUCAAGCCCGGAUCUGGAACGUUAAACCUGGGCAAAAAAUAACCGUAGGGCUUGCUCUUUCCUUCGGGGAUGGCUUAGACAGGGGAUCAAGGUUUGCGUAGGAGUUGUCUGAAUGUGGAAAUUCCCGAUUCAGUUGCUUCAACUUCAGGGGUUUGGCCAACUCCCUGCAUGUUAAAACUUUAAAGCAAACAGGCCGGGUUUAUCCAAGCAGGGGAACAAAAUGAAUGGGUUGUGUGAAUGCAGAGAGCCUAACAUUUAGAGAAGGAUUUUGUUUUGCAACUGCUUUUUAGAAGUGCCUUUUUUUGAACUGGCUUGCAUCCGUGUCCGUUGUCCAGUAAUAAUUGUGGCUGUCCAGAGCAACACAAUCCCAGAGAGAAUAUGUGAGAUCCUUUGGCAGACAUAUCUCCCCCCCCC